GGAAAAACAUGACUCGGCAGUAGGUCAGAGAGCGAAAUAAUAAAAUAAAAAAAUAAAAAGACGACACAGAUCACGUGAAAAGGCGUCAUGUGACUGCAGCGUCUAUUAUAGCCUGCCGUCCAAACACAGAGCCGAGGACACCAUGAACACACUACUGGGCUUCUCCAUCCCUUUGUUGUUCAGCUCGUUGGUCUGGUGUGGGUAUCUGGAGUAUGACCAAGAUGUCCUGAUACCAGAGGACUGGACUCAUGUUGGUCGGGUUGAUGCUACAGAGGAGCUGGAGCUGACCUUUGCCUUAAAACAGCAGAACAUUCACCGGCUAGAAGAAACACUUAGGCUCGUGUCUGACCCCGACUCAGCUCAGUAUGGUAAGCAUCUCAGCCUGGAGGAAGUGGCCUCUCUUGUGCGUCCAUCUGAGCUGACCCAGAAGGUGGUGCGUCACUGGCUUCAGAGUCAUGGGAUUACAAACUGCCUGACUAUUCGCACUCAGGACUUUUUGCAGUGCACAAUGACUGCAGAUGUUGCAGAGACGCUUCUUCCAGGAAGCAGGUUUCACCGUUACAUCAGGGACGGCCAUUCUUUAGUGAGGUCUUCAGCUCCAUAUUCCGUUCAUGAUGAUGUUCACCAACACUUGGACUUUGUUGGAGGUCUUCAUCGUCUCCCGCCCAAAGGGCAGGAUCUCAGGAAGAAGGAACAGUCGUCGGAGUCUGGCGUGCACCUCGGAGUCACUCCGUCCAUCUUGAGGACUCGCUACAAUCUCACAGCAGCUGAUGUGGGAUCAGCUCGAAACAACAGCCAGGCUGUAGCCCAAUUCUUGGAGCAGUAUUACCACCCUGCCGACUUGGCCGAGUUCAUGACCAUGUUUGGAGGGAGCUUCCAGCAUCUGUCUCAGGUGGAUCGAGUCGUGGGCACCCAGGGAGGAGGAAAGGCCGGUCUGGAGGCCAGUCUGGAUGUAGAGUACAUCAUGAGCACAGGGGCAAACAUCCCCACAUGGGUCUUUACCAAUCCAGGUCGUCAUGAGUCCCAGGAGCCCUUCCUCCAGUGGAUGGUUUUGCUCAGCAACAUGUCCAACCUGCCGUGGGUUCACACCAUCAGCUAUGGAGAUGACGAGGACAGCCUUUCGACCGCCUACAUGAUGCGCAUCAACACCGAGUUUAUGAAGGCCGGCGUCAGAGGACUUUCUCUGCUCUUUGCUUCUGGUGACAGCGGUGCUGGUUGCAGACACUUGGGAAAAUCACAAAACUCCUUCAGGCCCAGUUUUCCUGCCUCAAGCCCAUAUGUGACCACGGUAGGAGGAACAUCGUUCAAGAAUCCAUUUAAAGUCACGUAUGAAGUCACAGAUUACAUCAGUGGAGGAGGCUUCAGCAAUGUCUUCAAGAUGCCGGACUACCAGGCCAGUGCAGUGAACAGGUAUCUGAAGACUGUUGCAGCAACUCUCCCUCCUCAGUCGUACUUUAAUACCAGCGGCAGAGCCUACCCGGACAUGGCUGCACUGUCUGAUAAUUACUGGGUGGUCACCAACAGGGUGCCGAUCCCCUGGGUGUCUGGGACCUCGGCGUCAACCCCCGUUGUCGGAGGCAUGCUUUCUCUCAUCAACGAUCAACGUUUGAAGAAGGGCCUUCCUCCCCUGGGCUUCCUCAACCCCCGUCUCUAUAAUCUCAAAGGACAAGCCUUAUUUGACGUGACUGAAGGUUGUCACCUGAGCUGUCUGGAUGAGGUGGUGCAAGGGAAGGGCUUCUGUGCUGCGCCAUCGUGGGACCCCGUCACAGGCUGGGGGACUCCAAACUACCCGGCGCUGCUGUCUGCCCUCCUGAGUUAAUAGCUGCGAUUCACUAAAGCUAAGCCACUAGUAGUAUCUGCACUGCCAGCAGGUACCAUACACACAUCCAAACUCUUGACCCGAUGCCUGAUGCCAAAGGCAGGUCAGUGGUAACGCUAUGCUCUAGAUUAGCAUUCGAUUCAGAUAAACGCUUCUCAAGGAAUAUCACUCAUCAACACUUGUAUCCAUUUAAGGAUAAAUUUAUCGCCUCUACCAUUUUUAAGGCUUAACACUGUUUAAAUAUUUUUAGGUCAAGGAUAGUGAUCGUUGGGGAUCACCAACGCUACACUGCAGUGGCCCAUUUCUGCUGAAUGCUGCAUUUUAACUGACCCAGAUUUCUCUUGUGAAUCAAUAUGCGGGCAGAUGGGCGAGAACAGGAAUUUUAUGCUUUUUAAAUUCAUGCCUCUAAGACGCAAAGCAGCGGAGAGUGUGGAUGCACCUAUCGCUUUGCAUUUGCAACGUAACGUGCAAACGUGCUGAAAUGCAUACUGCAAUCACCUCUUGGAUGCACACCAGUGUCUUUUUUUUAAGAGCGUUGAACGUCAAUCCCCUCUAAAUUUAGCACGUUUGGAUGGAGAUUUGGUUCGUGUUGAGAAUGAGGUGGGUAAUUUUUUAAGUCUUUAUUGCAUAACUACUCGGCAGGGAUGAACUAGGUGCGUCAUUGUUUUAUUUGAUAUUUACAUGUAGUUUAAAUUCAAACUCAUAUUUAGAAUAAAACAGGAACAUUAAAAAGAGGACCUUUCAAAUCUUUUACUUUGGUUUGUUGCCGUGUGCUUUGCGGCUGUGAACGAAUAAAAUGCACUGUAACGUGUGGGUUGAAAAUGAAUCAGCAGGUCUCACCCACCAGCGCUUUAUCUUCUGAUUAUGUGUAUCCCCAAACCAGAUGUAUUUAAUGUGAGCAAACUGCCUGUUUUUGUUUCUUGUGUGUGAACUGAUUAAAGCCAGAUUUCUACUUUGAAAUGGCGACUGAUUGUUUUGAAUGCGUGUCGUUUUAUUAAAAGCAAAACUGCCAAGUG